GAGGCAUAAGCGCUGAUUGAUCGAGAGAAUAGAGAGAGAGUAAAGGAGAAGACCAGAAAACGCAGUGACAACAACAGCUUGCACUCUUCUAACAGCUGGCUGUAAAGCUCUUACCCAGAACAGUAUUUCUUGCCUUCAUACGGGUCAUUUCUUAAGAUGGCCAGCUGGUUCAGUGAUGACAGGUUCAUGGCAGACAAAAAUGACCGGGAAUGGGACCUUGGUUUGGGAUCUCAGGAACUCAGGAACUCUUUCAGAUCUUCAAACCCUAUCGUGUCUGAGUUUGACUUGUGGGAAAAGUCUCUCUUUAAAUCUCGGUCCUCAGCUCUGAGUUGUGUGGGUUUGUCUCGAUCUGAUCAUGGCUCCAAAAUCAGCACCAGCUCCAUUGGCAAUCACUGUGGGAUAAAUCACAGUGAAUCAUCUGCCAGGCAAAGAUGGCAGUCUGCCUCACGUCUUGCGCCAGACGGGGCGCCCAGGUCCCACUCUGAGUUUGAGCUACGAAGUGCGCUGGAGGAGAGCAGCAUGAGGAGAACGGAGCUCAUUCAGAGGCUCCGGGAGGCUCACAGCUGUCUGGAUACACAAACAGACCUGCUGAAAGCCAAAGAGAGCCAGCUUCAGCAUAGCCAGAGCAUUACCCAACGUCUAGAGCGCAAGCAAAAGCAGCUGGCAAAGGCACUGAGUGUUGUUGACGAGCAGAAAGAAGCUGCUGAGCUAAGUCGCUUUGAGGAGAGCUGUCGCAGCGCAGACCUUCAAGAAAAGGUGCUGCAGCUGGAGAUGGACAUUAUGAAGAUGAAAUCUAGCCUUGAGAGCAGGAGCACACACCUAGGCAGGACCAUGCCUGUAACAAAAGAUGAAUUUUUCAGAGAGGGACCGAAAAAGGCAGCUAGGGAAAUUAAAAAGCUUGAAGAAGACCUCAGGGAGGCAGAGGAAAGAGCCGUGACAAUAGCAGCCGAAAAGGACCAUGCAUUAAAACAACUCCAAUCAUGUAAAGAGGAUCAGCAGAAGGUAUUAAGCCAGAUGGAGGGGCUGAAGCAGAGGUUUAGCACGUCCAUGGUGGCUCAGAGUGAGUUGCAGGACCAGCUCAGCGAGACCCGCAGUCGCCUCGGCCAACUGGAACUGGAAAAUGAACUGCUCACCACAAAAACACCGAGAUUGGAAGACCACAUAGAGGACCUGAAGUCAAAGUUGUCCAACGUGUUAGUUGAUAAAGAUCGUCUGGUUCAGGAGAAAGCUGAACUUCACCAAAGAGUGCAAAGCUUAGAACUAGAGCUGCAAAGAUCCCAGCUGGGCAGAGAGGGUUUCACUCAGCAGGUGUGUGAUCUCCACUCCGAGCUAACUCAGGCCAAGAGCCUGGCCAGCCAACAACAGCAGAGUACCUUAUUAAUGAAAGAGGAACUGCACUCAACCAAAGAGGUGAUUGAGAAACUGACAGCAGAUCUGGCCACAGCCACGCAGAAGCUUCAGGAGACACUGCAGAAGCUACAUGACCUGGAAGCAGAGAAGCUGAUCCAAAGCAGUCAGAUCGCUGCCCUGGAGACUGAGCGUUUGCAGCUGAUUGGAGAGAAGGAGGAGCUGAUGGAUGUGUUUGACCAAGGAGAUCAGAAACAGCUAAGAGAUCUGAAGGAGAGAUGCUGCCAGCUCAGAGAAUUACAGGAGAUGUUGGAGUAUGAGAAGAAGGAGCUUGAGGCACACUGCCAGGGCCUGGAAAAGAAGGUAGAGAAUGUUGAGGCAGAACAUGGGCUUAAGGAACAAGAGCUGAAGCUCAUGGAAGAGAAGAUGGAGCAAGAGAAGGAAGAGCUGAAGAGAGUGGCAGCUCACUGGAAUGAGCGAUGGCUGGAUGUUGCGAUGGCAUUGCAGUCUUCUCAGGUCCAACUAGAAGAGUCCAAGAAGCAACAGCAAGAGUCUGAUGCCCUGAGGGAAGAGGCAGCAGAAAUGGUCAUCAAGCUGAAGUCAGAGAUGAAGGACAGGCAGAAUCUUAUCCAGAGUUUGCUAGAAGAGAAGACACACCAAGAGAAAGAGCUGGCCAGAGUUAAGAAAGAAGCCGGUGCCUUGGAGCGAGUUGAGCUUGAUGCAUGUAGACAACAGCUAGAACUGGAGAAGAACAGAUGCCAGACCCUCCAGCAGAAGUUGAUGGGAAACCCUGUCUCUCUGGAGGAGAUGGAUGGAGAGCUGGUGCAGUUGAAGAGUGAGCUGCAGAAGGUGUGGGACAUGCUGAAGAUUCGUGAAACUGAGCUGGAGGAGCAGCAGCAUGAGCUUCAGUCUGCUCGUGGCCAGGUGACAGAACAGAACAACGAAGUACAGAUACUGGGGCAACAACUGGCUAAGCGAGAUCAGGACUUGAAACAAAGAGAUGAUUUCCUGAAGGAUUUGAUGAGACAGAAAGACGCAGAGAAAACCGAGGCCCAAAUCAAGAUAACUGCUCUUGAAAAUGAGCUUGCUGGACUCAAAGGUCAGAAGAUCAUCCAGAAGCCAGGAACUCGACAUGACUCUCAGCUCAUAGACUCCUUAAUGGAAGAGAGCAGUAGGACAACCGAGCAGGAUGUACAGAAAGCGCAUAGUGUCAAUCCUCCCCAACCGGGAAAAGGAGAGAGGCAAUCAUUAUUAGUGAAGAGAAAGGAGGCAGGAGUAAGGUCUGAUAGCAUUGAUCCUGACCAACAGAGGAGGCUAAUCACUGAGCAGCUAAAAAGUCUGUUUAAAGAAAGGGAACAGAUGAGCGAUGUGGUGUCUCCCAUGACCCAGAGAAAUGCUGGCUCAAAGUCUCCUAAGGUAAUCAAGAAUGAGAAUGCCAUGGAGACGGAAAGAAAUGAGGUGAGGAGGCAACAGAAAUGUGGACUAGAUUUAGAUGUUCAUGAGAAGACAGGAGGACUUGCUGCAGAAAAAGUUGCUUCAGAGAAACAACCCCAGCAGAUCUAAUAAAGAUGUAGUACUAAUCAAUAAAACUACAGCAGACCUGGGAGUUCCAGCUAAAUAUAUAAGACAUAGAUACACAAACUUGUGUGCUAUUUAAUUUACAAAUAAGAGGAACCCCGGACCACGAUACCACCCCUGUUGUGUGUGGAUGGAAUAUUCAUUGCUGGGCAGGUUGAGGUGUGUGACUGCGAGCUGGAGAUGGAUGAGGUAUAAACUCAGGUUGUGGAGGAAGGCAAUGACUUAUACGUGUGUAAGUGGAAAAGGGCCUCAUUAUUUUAAAUAUCACAAUUUCUUUACUUGUCGAAUGCUCAGAUUUCAAGUGUUAUUUUAUUUUGAAAAUACUUUUUUGAAAAAAAUCUUCUGCAGAUUCUUUCCGCAGAGAGACAGAAGGUUUGCCGAAGAUUCAUAUUUUGCUGAUAUUAUAUUUAUUUUGUUGCAAUGAUACAAACAGAAAACAUCUGUGUCUUGUUCACCUGAAGUAUUUAUGGGAUACAUGAGAUUAUAUACUUAAUUACUGUUUAGGUGAAAACCUUAGAAAUUCAUCUACCACAACCAUUAUACCUAUAUUUCGAGCAAUACACUAUAUCAAAUUAGAGGCGCAUGUUGCUAAACAAAGUAUUUUGAGAUUUUUUGAACUUUUAAGCAAUGUUUGGAAAUUUUGCAAACUAAUUUUUUUUUAAAUAAAAUAAAAAAUACUUCAAAACAGGACAAAAUGAACCUCUUUCACUCAGUAAGUUUUUUAAGCACUGAGGUCAGAUACUUGCCUUCAUAAUUCUUCUUGCACCAUACAAUAAGUCUUUAACUUUACUGAUUUAACUACAAAGCAAAAGCCUGCCAGAGCUUUGUGUUUAUAUUACUAAACCUCAGUGUUGCUGACAUUUGAUGUAAGCCAGAGCUUUUAUACCAUUUUUCAGUGCUCUGUAUGUAAAAGAGUCUGUAUCUCCACAGAAAUUACUUUCAGAUUUGACCAUGAAGAAAUUAACAGAGGUAUAAAACAAUUGUAGUGUCCAAAUUCCUGUCAAAGAUAUAAGGUUAAAGGAGUGCUCCAUACUGAACCCAUCUUCUCAUCUGAACCACUCCUUUAUCUUCAGA